AUGGACUGUUUCUCCUUUUCCUCUGAGAAGCCGGGCUCUUCAGAGUUAUUUGAUUCUGCUGAUGUGGAGGAGAUGGAAGAGGAAAGGAUAGUGAGAGGUGCAGAAGAUUUAGAGAUUAAUCCUUUUGACAGAUUGCCAUUUUCUUCCCGUUAUUACAAGCUUCUUAAAGAAAGAGAGGCACUUCCUAUCUGGCAAAUGAAAUAUGCUUUCAUGGAAAGUCUGCAUCAUCAUCAGAUUGUGAUUGUUUCAGGAGAUGCCAAAACAGGCAAGAGCUCCCAGGUGAGUGUUUGGUGCAAAGAAUUUGCAGUAUUCAAGGUACCUCAGUGGUGUGCUGAAUAUUCUCUUGCUGCCCAUUUUCAACAUGGAGCAAUUAUUUGCACGCAAACGCAUAAGCAUGCUGCAGUGUGGUUGGCAUUGAGAGUUGCUGAUGAGAUGGAUGUCAAUAUUGGUCAUGAAGUGGGUUAUGUGGUUCCAUAUGAUAACUGCUGUAACAAUGAAACAAUCCUGAGAUUCAGUACAGAUGACAUGCUUCAAAGAGAAAUGAUGUCCAGUCCCCUUCUGAGAAGUUAUGGAAUCAUCAUAGUCGAUUAUGUGCUUGAAAGGACUGUCCCAACAGAUGUAUUGCUUGGACUCCUUAAAGAUGUCUUGAUAUUAAGGCCAGAGCUGAAGUUAAUUCUAAUUACAUCUCAUCAGUUGUCCAGCAAACUAUUGGCAUAUUAUGGCAGUGUAUCUCUCCUACAAGUGGAAAGCAAACACCAGACAGAAGUUGUGUAUACCUCUGGCAUUCAAAAAGAUUAUUUCCUGUCUGCUUUAAGGCUGCUUUUUGAAAUUCAUAAUACGAAAAGGAGAGGCGAUGUUGUGAUUUUUCUAGCCUGUGAACAAGAAAUAGAAAAUGCCUUCUGGAUUAUUCAGCAAGAGGGACGUAAUUUAAAUCCUGAUCUUGGUGAAUUGGUCCCUAUUUCUUUGUUUCCCAAUGAACAAGAGCGUAUCCUCAAGUCAAGUGAAAAUAAGCAUUUCAAAAAUUACAGAAGGAAAGUAUUGCUAACCACAAGUUCAGGGGAAUCUUUGGUUUGGUCCAAAACAGUGUCAUUCGUUAUAGAUACUGGGAUACAGAGAAGAAAGGUAUACAAUCCCAGAAUCAGAGCAGAUGCUGUUGUGAUACAGCCCAUUAGCAAAAGCCAAGCUGAGAUGCGUAAGCAGAUUCUGGGCAUGUCUUCAUCAGGAAAAUGUUUCUGCCUUUAUUCUGAAGAAUUUAUGGAGAAGGAAAUGAAGCAACUCCCACCAGCCAAAAUACAGGAAUCCAACCUGAUCAGCAUGGUUCUUUUUUUGAAAAGGAUGGAUAUUGCAGGCUUAGGACACUGCGACUUCAUAGAUAGGCCAGAUCCUGAAAUUCUCAUGCAAGCUUUGGAAGAUCUGGAUUAUUUGGCUGCCCUGGACAAUGAUGGAAACCUUUCAGAAUUUGGAAUAAUAAUGUCAGAGUUUCCUGUGGAUCCACAACUGUCCAAGUCUAUUUUAGCUUCAUGUGAAUUUGAUUGUGUAGAAGAAAUGCUCACUAUUGCUGCCAUGGUAACAGCUCCUGGUUGCUUUGUAAACCCACCACAGGGAACAGAAGAGAUUGCAGUCACUUGCCGGCAAAAAUUCUUGCAUCCUGCAGGAGAUCAUUUCACUCUUAUCAAUAUAUACAAGGCAUAUAAGGAAGCUAGUACAAAUGCCAUAAACCAAUACUAUGACAUUGAAAAGUGGUGUCAAGAUUAUUUUUUGAACUGCUCUGCGCUAAGGAUAGCGGAAGCUAUCAGAACUGAGUUGGUUGACAUUAUGAGACGAAUUGAAUUGCCAAUUUCAGCACCAGCUUUUGGAUUAAACGAAAAUGUGCUGGGAAUAAAGAAAGCUCUUUUAUCUGGUUACUUUAUGCAAAUUGCUCGUGAUGUGGAUGGCUCUGGAAACUACCUGAUGCUUGCACACAAACAAGUAGCUCAGCUUCACCCUUUGUCAAUCUACUACAACAGUAGGAGGAUCCCAGAGUGGGUUGUAUUCCAUGAAUUCUGUAUCACUGAAAACAAUUCUAUAAAAAUCAUCUCCGCAAUAUCACCUGACCUAUUUAUGAAGCUGGCACCUCAGUACUAUUUUAGCAAUCUGCCUCCUAGUGAAAGCAAGGAUAUUCUGCAAGAAGUAAUCAAUCAUUUAUCACCCAUUUCAACAAUAGAUAAGGAACAAAAAACAACCAUUGAAGACAGAGAACUUGAAAAAUAUCCUGAAACACCUGCUGAACAACGAUGCAUUAUUCAAUAA